AUGAAGCCUCCAAAGUUCUUUGGUACUAAGGCAGAGGGUGCCUAUGAGUUCAUUAUUAAUUGCCGCAAGAGGAUCCAUAAGAUGGGGGCAGUUGAGAAUUAUGAAGUAGCGUUUGUGACAUUUCAGCUCAUGGGAGAUGCCAAGUUAUGGUGGAGGGUGUUUAUAGAGUGUAGGGCAACCAAUUUGCCUCCGUUGACUUGGACUCAGUUCUACCAGAUUUUUCUUGAGAAGUAUGUUCCUCAUACCUUUAGGGACAGAAGGAGUAAUGAGUUCAGUAAUAUUGAGCAGGGUAACUCCUCUGUCGCUGCUUUCGAGUUCCGAUUUCACUCUUUGUUGUCGGCUCUUCAGCUGGUGACCAGGGAUUAUUCUUUUCAGGAGGUGGUGGACCAUGUGAAGACCAUUGAGGGUGUCCGUCAGGAUGAAUACAACAAAUAUGCAGAGAAAAAGGCCCGAAAUUGUGGUAAUUUCAGUGGUACACUUUCUAAGGGACAGGGAUCCCAGAGUUACUCAGGUCUUCAGGUUCAACAGAUUAUGCCGGCUUCGGUUGGAGGCUCAUCUGGAGUCGUUGAGUACUCUAUUAGCCAGGCAGGGGACUCUCAGUCCCGAGUUCUAGAUCAGGGAGGUUUUUCAACUUCUUCGGUGUCAGUUCAGAGGCCCACUCUUGAUCGUACCUGGUUUAGAGAAGGGGGAUCUUUUGGUGGGAACCGUGCUCAGACUGGGCAAGGUGAUCACACGACAGGUAGAGGUGGCGCUCAUCCCAACAGGGGCGGCUAUCAGUCUGGUAGGGGUGGUGCUCAGAUAGUUCAGGGGGACCAUGGAGGUUCUCAGGCUAGUGAUGGGCGUCACCAUUGCUAUGCCAUGCCAGUUUGUGAGUUCGCAGAGGUGUUUCCUGCGAACUUAUCCGGUAUGCCACUAGACCGUGAUAUUGAUUUAUGCAUUGACUUAGAGCCAGGGACUCGCCCUAUUUCUAUCCCUUCAUAUCGUAUGACUCUAGCAGAGUUGAGGGAAUUGAAAGAACAGCUUCGGGACCUUCUCAGUAAGGGUUUUAUUCAUCCGAGUGUCUCUCUAUGGGGCGCUUUUGUGCUUUUUAUGAAAAAGAAGGAUGGGACUAUGCGGAUAUGCAUUGAUUACCGCCAGUUAAAUAAAGUCACUAUACGGAAUAAAUAUGUUAUUCCUCGCAUUGAUGAUAUGUUUGACCAGCUUCAGGGAGCAUUGUCGUUCUUGGGGCAUGUGGUUUUGAAAGAGGGGAUUAUGGUUGAUCCCACAAAGAUUACAGCCGUCAGAGAUUGGGCUAGGCCCACAUCAGUGACAAAAAUCCCCAGCUUCGUGGGUUUAGCUAGUUACUACCGUUGCAGAGUGUUGGCUUUUAUUGAGGUGAGGUCAUCUCUUCUAGAUCAGAUUAAGGCAAAACAAUAUGAUGAUUCGGGUUUAUGCAAAAUUCGGGACAAGGUAAUGAGUGGUGAGGCCAAGGAGGCCAUGAUUGCUGAAGAAGGCGUGUUGAGAAUUAAGGGGCGCGUGUGCGUUCCUCAAGUAGAUGAGAAUUUGUCCAAUGAGGAAGAGCAUGUUGCUAUAUUAGAUAGAAAGGUGCGUCAGUUGAGGUUGAAAGAAAUCACGGCAGUUAAGGUCCAGUGGAAGAAUCAUCCUGUUGAGGAAGCCACUUGGGAGACCGAAUUCGAUAUGCGUAAUAAGUAUCCCUAUAUUUUCGCUGAGUGA